AUGGGAAGAAGACCAGCCAGGUGCUACAGGUACUGCAAAAACAAACCUUAUCCUAAGAGCAGAUAUUGUAGAGGUGUACCUGACCCAAAGAUAAGAAUAUAUGAUAUGGGUAGGAAAAAGGCUGACGUAAAUGAAUUUAGUGGAGUUGUUCAUUUAGUUUCCUAUGAGUAUGAACAGAUAUCAUCAGAAGCGUUAGAAGCAGCACGUAUUAGUGCAAACAAAUAUAUGAUUACAAAUUGUGGUAAAGAUAAUUUUCACUUAAGAGUAAGAGUACACCCAUUCCAUGUAUUAAGAAUUAAUAAGAUGCUGUCAUGUGCUGGAGCAGAUAGGCUUCAAACAGGUAUGAGAGGGGCUUUUGGAAAACCAAAUGGUGUUGUUGCAAGAGUAGAUAUUGGUCAAGUCUUACUUUCAAUAAGAACAAAGGAGAAUUUUAUUUCUAAAGCGUGUGAAGCUUUAAGAAGAGCCAAAUACAAAUUUCCAGGUAGACAAAAAGUCUUUGUUAGUAACAAAUGGGGAUUUACAAAUUUUUCAAAAGAUCAAUAUCAGGAGCAUAAAAGAAAAGGAAGAAUUGUUUCUGAUGGUGUUAGUUGCAAAUUCAUUAGAGAAAAGGGACCACUAGACAAAAUUUAUAAAGACAUAAACACUAUCAUUGAAUCGUGA